GUGAUUUCGUCAUCCUUAGAGUUGCCAGAGGCUCCAGUAAACUUUGUCUCGGUGAUUCCGGUCCGCUCUCGGCGUCUUUCACCGUCUGCGGGCUGCUCUUCGGUACCGUUCCAGGGUUCGUCAGACUGUUGGCGUCUCUGUGAGGCCUUUAACAGAACUUUGGACCGAAGUCUGGCUUUUUCUGAACCCUUUUUCGAACCUUUGGACCCGAACAGGCACGAAGCUAACUGCUAGCGGGGGUUCCAAACUUUUAGCGACUUCCGGCUCUGGUUUCUGGGUCCUUUCUGGGUUUCUAUCCGAACUCAGCUGGGAAACCCGGAGUUCUGUCCCAGAUAGACAAAGAUGGAAAGCGAGAGCAGAUAGCGACGAACCAGAACCGCGUCGGGACCCGGAACCGAGCCGUCAGGAUGGCCGCAAACUUCAGCUUGAUCCACCGAACCUGCAAGUUGGUGGUUCUGCUCUGCUUCCUGCACAUCUCCGUCACCGUCUUUUUCUACGUCCGAACCCUGGACAUUCGGUUCUCCUUCGUCCAGAACCAACAGCCCCGCGCUAAUCUAAGCCGACCCAGACACGACCCGCUCCCAGCCCGCGGCUCCAGAACCGAACCGGCGGAGAACUCGACCUGGAAGGGGGAGGACCGCCAGAUGGACGAACCGGACCAGGACGCCACAGAGGAGCCGGCGAAGGAGCUUGAGAAAUGUCCAGAAACAUCACCACUGCUGGUGGGUCCUCUGAGGGUGGAGUUCAACAUCCCCGUGAGCCUGGAGCAGAUCAAGAAGGACAACCCCAACGUCCAGCUGGGCGGACGCUUCAGGCCCAGAGACUGCCUGGCGCUGCAGAAGGUCGCCAUCAUCAUCCCGUUCCGCAAGCGGGACGAGCACCUGAAGUUCUGGCUGUACUACCUGCACCCCAUUCUGCAGAGGCAGCAGCUGGACUACGGCGUGUACGUCAUCAACCAGGACGGGGAUGAGAUCUUCAACCGGGCCAAGCUGCUGAACGUGGGCUACAUGGAGGCUCUGAAGGAGUACGACUACAACUGCUUCGUCUUCAGCGACGUGGACCUGAUCCCCAUGGACGACCGCAACACCUACAGGUGCUUCAGCCAACCCAGACACCUGUCCGUGUCCAUGGACAAGUUCGGCUUCAGGUUACCCUACAACCAGUACUUCGGGGGGGUUUCAUCCAUGAGCAAAGAGCAGUACCUGAAGAUCAACGGCUUCCCCAACAACUACUGGGGCUGGGGCGGAGAGGAUGACGACAUCUACAACAGGCUUGCUUCCAAAGGGAUGAGCAUCUCCAGACCCAGCGGGGACGUUGGAAAGUGCCGCAUGAUCCGACACAACCGGGACAAGCAGAACGACCCAAACCCUCAGAGGUUCGACCGGAUCGCCCACACACGAGAGACGAUGCACAAAGACGGCAUCAACUCGCUGACCUACAGCGUGGUGCAGCUGGAGAAGUUCGACCUGUUCACCAAGAUCACAGUGAACGUGGGAAAGCCCUGAGGCAUGGGGCCCGCUGGACCGGACCGGAGCCGGACUCAUGCAGUUUUUGACACUUGAAGCUUUAAAUAGCAGUUCUGGUUCUGUUGAACCAGGCCCGCUGGACUCAUUUGUUGUUGCACAAACAGACUGAAUGUUAUUUUUUUUCUGUCAAGCCUUGAGGACUUUUCUGAUUGGCCGGCUGGAGCCAAUCAGACGCUGCUGCAGCACAUCUCUCAAAAGGCUCUUAUUUUGAAAAUCUGAGUGGGAGAUGGGUUCUGGUUAACAAGCAGGGUGGGGGGGUGGGUCAGGUUAUGGUUGAUUCUGUAGGUACCAGGAGCUUUUUAGUAUUUGAUCCAAUCAGAUCAGAGAUUAUUGGGCGGAUCUUGAUUUUUCUGGGUUAGAGGCGGGGCUAAAAACUGACAAUUUGAUUGGUCAGCUUCUCUGACAGACGUUCUAACAGAACUUCUAAAAGUGAGGACAAUCUGUUGAGCCAGGAGGUUCUGUUUGGUGACAGAGAGGCUGAAGGUUCUGGUUCAGGACUAAAGAAACUGGACCAAACGUUUUGAGUUAAUCUCUCGUGUCGUCCGCCUCACAAGCCGGGUCAGAACAUGAUUCGGGUUUAUUGUCUAAGAAUAAUCGGAAUCAGAACCAGGUCCAAACUGCAGUCUGAUGUGUGAUUGAUAAUCAUGUCUGAUCCUGACCAGAACCCGGUCCAUUGAUCAGGGAUCAGUGUGUAUAUUAAUGAUCAGCUGGUGAAUCAGAUACGUUGAGGGUAAAUGAUUAUGGAUUGAUUUUGACUGAGGCCUGAGCCUUCCUGCAGCUGUUGGUACCAAAGACCUUGUUGAUCCUUUGAACCGGGUCAGCUGACAGCCGGACUGGACCAGCUCGUCUGAUUGUUGACGAGUGAUUAUUGAUCAGUGUGAAUGUGUGUUGGUCACUGCCUCUCUUCCUGUUUGUUUGUCUGCAGACCAAACUGUGUGGAACAAUCACCUGUAAUGUGCCUUAAUCGGACUGGUGUCAUGAAAACCGGUCCAAGAACCGGAACGUUGGCAAAUACAGAAAAACUGAAAUCUGA